UUUUUUUUUUUUUUGCUCAUCAUGUCGUCAACCAGCCGGGCAUUCAUUCGUGCUGCCACCGCUGCUACUACUACAGCACUGAGACAACAAAGGCUCAUACCUCAUAAUCGUCGCUCUCUACUGACCCUUACAGGAGCUGUCCGAUCUAUUCAACAACAACAACCUUGGUUCAAACAACAUUAUCGUCCUUACACCACGACUAAUGCUACCGGAACAAGAGCCACUGUUGAUGAAUCUAUCACUCCUUUUACUGAAUCCAUCUUGCAUACUACACGUAUCUUCAGAAACCUUUUCCUCGUCACUGUGUCUACUAUUGGCUUCGGUUUAUUUGUAUGGUCCGGCACACAUGCUUAUAUAGAACAAUAUAAAUGUCCUUCCCCUUCUGGUGUAUCCUCUCAAGUUCAACAAUGCCUUCAUGGAGCUUGGGUCCGUGAAGAGUACUCUCCAGAUUCUGAUAUUGCGGAAGUAUAUCUUCAAAGGGCUUUAGAGCUGACCAGAAAAGAUCUAGAAGAUCUUUACAAGAAAAAACCACUGACAGAUCAACGUCAUCAUGUCGACAAUGAUGGCUGGUUUCCAGAGAUUGAAAAAGAUAAAGCUCUAGUCGAGAUCCAUAAUCGAUUGGCCAGACUCUAUGGAAGGAUUGGACAGGAUGAACGGGCGGCCACCAUUUGGACGCGAUUAUGGAAGUUGGCUGGGAAACAAUUUCCCCAAUCAACUACAGCCUCAGAUUCAACUUCAGCCUCAUUCUUUGGAAAUCUGUUUGGACGUUCUACUUCAAAUCGAUCCAUGAUCGCUCCACAGGAUGGUAUUCCGUUUGCAAAACUUGCAGCAACCUGCUGGAUGCGCAUGGGCGAAUACGAUCUUGCAGAGGAAGCCCUUAGUUGGGCGUUGAGCACGGUGACUGCAUCCAAACAGGACGAUAAAGAUAAUGCAUCGAUCGAUGAAAUUGGACUACUAUCCACUCUGGGUGCAUUAUAUGUACAUCAGUCAAAAUUUGAAUAUGCAUUAUCGCUUUUCGUGAAGGCAUUACAAAUGGUUCAGAAACAUCGCGCAGACGUGGGCAAUAUUGCUUCAGAUACCCCAUCCACCAAGAAUAUGUGGUAUUGCCGUGAGGCCAUCUUGAUGAACAGUAUCGGAGAAACUCUCUACGGCGCUGCGACCACGACUACCGCUACUGCCGAUAGCAGAUCAAAACCAGAAACAAAGAGCAAGGUUGAGGAGCAGCCCAUACAGCAAAACAAGUCCUCAUCAUGGAAUUUUUGGGCAUCCUCAUCAUCAUCACCAUCUACGUCAUCGUCAUCUUCUCCAGAGUCUAAAGCAACAGCUGCUAAGGCUAUCAAAUCAUUGGAGCAGAAGCAAAAGGAGGAAGAGGCUCUGGGCUGGGUGCAGAAAGCAGUUGCAAUGGCCAAGGAAAAGAGUGGACAACAUCGAGAUUGUGACGAAUGUGCAGCCUUGGGUCUCAACACUCUAGGUUUGAUUCAUGAGAUGGAGGGAGAUGUAGACGUAGCAUUGGCACAGUUCAGGGAGGCAGUUGUAUAUGCCACCAAAGCAGAUGACUAUGUUGGGUUAGAAGACUAUAACAAGAAUGUUAUUCGAUUGACAGACAAAAUCGCUUCUGUUUCUGAAUCUACGAUGCCACUGUCAUCAUCAAAUCCAGCUUUAUCAACAACUGCAUUACCAUCGUCACUAUCAACAUCAAAGUCAUAAGCUAUUUAAAUAGCCGUUCAAAAAAAGCUAAUAGCGAAAUAAAUGCAAACAUCGAAAGGGAC